CACUUCUGAUCCAUCCGUGUCCACCUGCAGUUCAUGGGUUUGAUUUCCCCGCUCACUUCUGCGAGUGUCACAGAGGUGUCUGGUGACCAGUGCUCUCUCUCAUCUCAUCUCACACUCACACUCAACUAAUGGACUGCUUUGCCCCUCCCCUCAGUUUCUCCAUCUCGGACUGGGAGGUAGUGAGAGGAGGAGAGGAGGCAACAGCCCACCGUUCCCCUGGGCCCUGCUACACAACUCAAUAGCUCAGCUCCUGGAUGGGAUCAUAGCCCUGAGUGCUGGCCAAGAGAAGAGAAGCUUCUCCUCACGUCCAGAGUUCCUGCUGCAGGGUGGAGUUUCUCCCAGGAUAACAAACUCACUCGAACCCCACCAUGGCUGACCGUAAGGUGGCCCCGGUUGUGGUUAUGCUUCUGGUCCUGGUCGCACCAGCCCUGAGCGGAUGCCCAAGCGCCUGCCGCUGCUCCUUCGCCAUGCUUCAAUGUCUGGAGCCGGAUGGAAUCACCAGCAUCCCUGCGCUGGCGGCGCAGGAGAGCGAAAACGUCACUGAAAUAUACAUAGAGAGUCAAAUCAACCUGGAGAACAUCACAGAUGUAGACCUCGCCAACUACAGAGAACUGAAGAACCUGACGGUCACAUUUUGUGGGUUGCUGUACAUCUCCGAAAAUGCCUUCCAGCAUAAUUUCAAGCUGCAGUAUGUAAAUCUGGCGUCUAAUUUACUGGUGCACAUCAGUUGGAGGGUGUUCCAAUCGGUCCCUCUGUUGAGUCUAAUCUUAAGGGACAAUCCGCUCACCUGCUCGUGUGACAUUUACUGGCUUCAGCAGUGGCACAGAAAAAGACAAAGCGACACUGAUUCUCAACAAACCUGCGUCCACAAUGGCAACAGCUUUCAGCUGGAUUCAUUUGAAAUGGAUAACUGCAGUAUUCCCGAAGUCACAAUUCAUCCAUCAACACUGACUACUCAAGAAGGUGGAAAUCUGACAUUUACCUGUCUGGUGACUGGAGUACCAACACCGAUGAUCCACUGGAGAACAGAGCACCUUCAGUCCAACUGGACCCUGCAGCGAGGGAUCUGGGGAUCAAGCCUGGAGCUGAUUCUGUACAUGAGGAACGUGUCGUCUAGAGACAACCUGCACAACCUCACCUGUGAGGCAGAGAAUCGCGCUGGAAUGGGAGAAGCCGUGGUGCAGCUGGACAUUGAAUUUCCAGUGCUGAUCUUGUAUCUGAAGGACCCAGAGCCACAACAUCACUGGUGUUUCCCAUUCGCUGUGGACAGCAAUCCUCCCGCCACCAUCAGAUGGCUGUACAACAAUCUACCUCUCAUGGAAACACGCUACACCUACACCGAACUGAUCCGAGACAUGGAUGAUGGCUCCAUUCAACACGGCUGUCUGUUCCUCAACAAGCCCACGCACCUCAACAAUGGCAACUACACACUCACCGUGGAGAAUAAACUGGGUAGAGACCAGGCUACAGUCUACGCAAAGUUCAUGGAAAACCCUUUUGACCCCUUUGACCCGGAGGGCAUCAUUCCUGUCCUCCCCGAUGAGCCAACAGCUCCCACUAACCAAUCAACGGAGACGGAGAAACUGGAGAACAGGAUGUUUGGGGUGUCAGUAGCAGUGGGUCUCGCUGUGUUUGCGUGCACAUUUCUACUCAUCAUGGUUGUGGUCAUCAAUAAAUGUGGACAGCACUCCAAGUUUGGCAUCCACCGUUCAUCUGUUCUCGGCACUGAGGAUGAUUUGGCUGUAUCUCUUCGCUUCAUGAACUUCGGUGCAAGUCCUCUGUCUUCAGAUGAUGGCACGCUGGAUUCUGGCUUGUCCAGUUUUGUAGAGAACCCGCAGUACUUCUGUGGCAUCAUCAAAGAUAAAGACAUGUGUGUUCAGCACAUUAAAAGAAAAGACAUUGUUUUGAAGUGGGAACUGGGUGAAGGAGCUUUCGGCAAGGUUUACCUGGCAGAAUGUGCCAACCUCUGUCCUGAUACUGACAAGAUGCUGGUCGCUAUCAAGACCUUGAAAGUGGCCAACGAGUCCACCCGGCAGGACUUCCAGCGCGAGGCUGAGCUGCUCACGGUGCUGCAGCAUGAACACAUAGUGCGCUUCUACGGCGUGUGUACAGACGGAGAACCUCUGGCCAUGGUGUUUGAGUACAUGCGACACGGAGACCUCAACCGCUUUCUAAGGGCUCACGGUCCAGAUGCUCGUAUCCUGGAUGAGAUGAAGGUUCCUCUGAUGGGUCAGUUGACUCUUCCUCAGAUGCUCCACAUUGCAGCACAGAUCGCCUCGGGCAUGGUGUACCUCGCUUCCCUUCAUUUCGUCCACAGAGACCUGGCCACCAGGAACUGUCUGGUCGGAGAGGGGCUGGUGGUGAAGAUCGGGGAUUUUGGGAUGUCGAGAGACAUUUACAGCACUGAUUACUACAGGGUCGGUGGGAGGACGAUGCUGCCCAUUCGCUGGAUGCCGCCAGAAAGCAUCAUGUACAGGAAGUUCACCACGGAAAGUGAUAUCUGGAGCUUUGGAGUGGUUCUUUGGGAAAUCUUCACCUACGGCAAACAACCCUGGUAUCAGCUAUCCAACAGUGAGGCCAUUGAGUGCAUCACACAGGGGCGGGAGCUUGAACGGCCACGUACCUGCCCCAAAGAAGUGCAUCUCCUCAUGCAGGGCUGCUGGCAGAGAGAACCGCAGCAGAGGCUCGUCAUUAAAGACAUCUACAACCGGCUCGUGGCCCUCGUCAAGAACCCGCCCGUCUAUCUGGACAUCCUGGAGUAACAGCACCCUGAUCGGACCUGUGGGGAAAAGACAUACUUCUGGACGCAGGCCGUUUGAGGAGGAAAAUCAGUGGUGGGUUUGAGAAGGACACGAUCCACAAACUGUCUCAGAUGCGCAGUAUGAACGUUUUCGGAGUUUGUUGUGUACGUUUUAAUCCACUGGAGGUACAUUGUGUUUAAAAAAAAAAAAAAAAAAGUAAUUAAAAAGUAAGAGAAACGGACUGAGUAAAUGGACAGUGGAUACUUUGAAUAUGCAUUAGUGGAAAUUGCUCAUGGAUUGUCAUGACUCACCCUGAACAGACAUUUGAUUUUUUUGUAUGAGUAUACUUAUGUCCAGGUCUUGUAAUUAAAGCCCAUUAAAGGUGAAGUGUGUAAUUUUUCUCAAUCCAGUCUAAUAUUCAGACAUUGUAGGAUGAUUUUCUCAAAUAAUGUAAAAACUGUGGCUCUGUUUGUUUGAGCUACCUGCCCAGCCUGACAUAGCAACAGUCUCAACCAAUGGCAUGAGUUUGGGGGCGGGACUAUCUGUUUGUCUGACCAAUGGGGAGAGUGGAAACCUGGGCUCUUAGUACAGAAUGAUCUUGAUUCAUCAUGUUUUUCUAUCUGUUUACAGGGUCUCUGCUGAAAUUCUAGCAUUUAAGGAACUUUUACAGACUACCAUUCGAUCACACUGGGAAAAAAAAAAUACAAAUAAAAAGUUCCAGGGCAAAUGUCUAAAGAUUCAUAAAUUUACUUGAGGUGCAAAAUGACAAAAUAAAUCUUGUCUUCCGAGAAGUGUAUAAAAAUGAGUUUAUGAUUGAAACAAGAGCAAAUAUCUAUCAGUGGCCUCAGAAAAAUAAGCUUAUCUAACAAUUAUUAGAUAUUGAUAUAGAAUUUUGUUAGACAUUGUUAGAUAUAUAUGCUGGUUUUAAGCAUAAACAUUUGUUCAAUAUCUCACAAAACCAGACUUCAUACAUUCGUUUCGCAUCUCAAGUAAAUGUGUCUUGAUUUAAGGAUUUUUAGAUAUUUUCCUGAAAAAAAAGAAUGAAUGAAUGAAUUUAUGAAUUCAAAACAUUCUUCUUCAGGUAAAGUAACAUGUUAUUACCACUUAGGAAUUCAAAUCUUAAGGCAAGAAUUAUAAUGGGAAGUUUCUGUAAUACAGCUUAUUUUAGCUUUUGGUUCUCAUUUGGUCAUAUUUAUUACAUACUUCACCUUUAACCCUCAUGUGCCCCCCAAACAAAUUAUCUUUAAGUUGCUGUGAUUUAGACAUUGUGCCAAUCUGACAGCGUUUCUUUUCUGUGUCUUGUGAUUAUGAAUAUAUUACAUCAAUCUGUUAUGCGUGAUUGACACAUGCAUGUAUUGUACAUAGCUCUAUGUUGAACAACAACGUCCUGUUAUGUCUUUGAGUUCUGCCUUAUUUUCUAUAUAAAAAGCAUCAACAAGGUCAGCAACAACACAGCGGUGGAGACACAUGGGCUGUGUACGGAAUAAAGUUCUAACCUACUGUAUUUACUUGAAACCGUAUAAAGUAGGAACGGACAACUUUUCCAGCAGUUGUUGUGUCACGUAUUUAAGGCAAGACACUACAGGUGAAUAAAAUAUUUUUUGAGUUGCAUUAAGACAAAUGCUUUUCAUAAAAAGUUUUAUGAAAUGUUAUGCUUUGCUAAACAUAAAUGUGAACAUUGGAUAAAGCCAAAUUUAAAAUUCCUUUAAACAUAUUUAUCCUAUUUUAUCAUUUAUUAGAAAAUACUGUCAACAGCCAGAAAAAAAAAAAAUGUAAUAAACGUUUAUCAUAUUUUUAGGAGUAAAAUGUUAUAUACAGUAUGUACUAUGUAACAUCCUGGCAAAUGUUACAUGAACAAACCAUUCUGUAAAAACCUUCACACACCUGGAUGACGCAGGAAAAAAGUUGGGGAAAAAAGGUGUUGUAAUUAAAAUCAACAAACAUGAAUAAUUAAAUGUAAUAAAAUAAACACCUAAAUGUGCAUUUUGGACGUUUUUGAAGCAAAAUAGCUCAAAAUCUCAUAAUCGCAUGAAAAUAACUAUUUUACCUGUAGUGUCUUUCCUUAAUUUAAAAAAGUUACUUUUUUUAAAUCUAAUUAAAUGCUAAAAUUUCAAUGAAUUCUAUAAUAAUAGCUGCUUUCAUUAGCAUUUUUUUCAGUAAUCUCAUUGGCUCAGCAGGCACACACAACAUGCAUGACACCAUCUUUGCUCAUCGGCUCUCAGUUAUGGCCUUAUUUUAUUCCAUAAAUGCCAUGUGUCUCAUCACUAUAGACCCACACGCUGUAGUACGCUAGUAUGCAAUUCCGAACACAGCCAGAAAUCCAGCAUGACUCUGGUGUAAGGGCAGAGAUCAAUCAAUCAAGUAUUCAUUUAUCACUCAGCAUGUUAAGCUGCAUUGGUCACUGUUUACCAUUUGAUUAUUUUAUUAAUGGGCGCAUCACUUUUACUUGUUGGUCGCGCCUCUUGUACAUACCUGUAGUCUAGUUACUGUACCAAACUGCAUUAUUUUCCUUAUUGAUUUUAUAUUUUUAUUUCUAUUUUUUAAACUGUUAUCUUACCUAGUGGUUCAAAGACUAAAUAUUAUUUAGUCUUCUAUGCCUCCUGAUUUUAUUAAACAAACGGUUUACAGCUAGAACAGUAAAGGAUGAAAUUGAAGAUAAUAAUUUCCUUUCACAUUAAUUACACAUGUAAUGGAGUGUCAUGGAGUGUUGGUAUUUGACAGCUAACUUAUCUUUUGUUUCACUGUACAAAUAUAUAUAACAAUUUGGAUAGACUUUGUUUUCUAUUUUGUUGAGGACAAUGUAUAAUAGCUGUAUUAAACUUGAUUUUCUUUUUAUUGGUAACUUCUGUAUGUCAUGAUAUUGGUAAUCUUGCGUUAUUGCUGCAUGAUUUUCAUAUUGUGCUCUUUGGAUAAUAGUGCAGAUUUACUAGAAAUGAAUGUGUAGAGAAUAUCAGCCUCAUUUCAGUCAACAAGCAUACCAUAGACUGCUAUUGUUUUUAUAUGAAACUAAAUAUACACAAAGUGGGGUGAUGUCCAGAACUUUUAAAGCCGCAUUUAGAAUCUGGAAUUCAAACCGUCAUUUAAGCCUGUAAAUAAACAGAGUAUUUUUGGGACAUUUUAAAACCAAGCAGUGUUAUGAUGCGACAUGAAAAAGAUAUUUCAUAUUCUGCAUUAUUAUGAUCUGUAAUCAUCCUAUACAAAUGUAAGUUUCAGGCCCCACUGACUUCCAUAAUAUUUUCUGUCAAUGGGACACGAAACGGUUUGGUUACCAACAUUCUUCAAAAUGUCUUCUUUUGUCUUCUGCAGAAGAAAUAAAGUCAUACAGGCUUGGAACGACAUGAAAUGAGUAAA